AUGUCGACAAAGCGCUACAAGAGGAGGAAGGACGAUGACGCCAUUCAUCGGGCUGGAAUGUUCCUGAAACUGAGCAAGCAAGGAAACGCAAUGACGGUCAAUCAAGUGAUUCAAUUUGCUGGAUUUGAUGAAACUGAUAUGAACAAUGAUGCAAUCAAGCGCAGCAUCUAUCGGGCUAGAGACUCAAUCCAACAAGCAGAAGCUACCGGUAGCCAGACAACAUCUUCAAACCAUCAAACAGCUGCGACUCAGCCACAACCACAGGCAGCUUCCCUGCCCAUACCAACCAUCCAUGCCGGUGCUCCAACCAAACCGAAGGGGAAAAUGCGAUUGACAAUCAAGCAGGCCCACGGUGGCAGAAAGAGACAAGCCGAACUGAAGCAAUUACGGGACAAUCUCUUCAAGCAAGCAUGCAACGAGUUCAAGACUGAGUGCGACAGGAAGGCUGUUGCGAAAGAGAAUGGCAAAAAACUUGAUGGUUUCAAAUCUGCCGAAGCAAUUUGUGCGGUCAUCAAUCAGACAUACCAAGAGCAAUUGGAUGGUGGGCGAAUUGUGGCAAGAACUGUAAGGGAGUAUGUUAAGGAUGGCAGAAUGGGACAGCCCAUCAACCGCCGUGGCAACAAAGGUCGACUUCCUCCGGAUGUCUAUGGGGCUCUUUGUGGAGCUGUCAAGUCAUAUGCCAUCCUCGCUCAACAGGACGGGACGAUUUCAUCCAAUACUAGACCUGGACUCGCACGAAAGGUUAACGCAGUUGUCAACAGCAAAUGA